UUCUCCUCUUUCUAUAAAUUCCACUCUUAAAACCCUUAAAACCCAAACUCAUUUUCACCCCACAAAAUCCAUCUCCCAUCAGCUUAAAACGCAGUCGUUUUCACGUAGUUCCACACCCAAAAUCAAGGCCAUAUUUUUAGGUGUUUUUGGCAAAUUGAAGGUGACGACCCACAGAAGGGAAAAAAAAAGGUUGAUUUUUUCUUUUUAGAAGAAGAAGAAGAAGAGAUGAUGAAAGAAAGCAGCAGGUAUUGCAGAAGGUUGAACAGUAGUAGUAAUGGAAGAAAUGGGGAAAAUGGUGAAAAUAACAAAAAGAAUAAUGGGUUUGAAGAUGAUAAUGCAGGUGAGUGCAAGUCUUUUGGAGAAAAGUGUAACAAUUUGGUGAAGAAACAAAGGACUAAAUUUUAUAUUCUUAGAAGGUGCAUUGCUAUGCUUGUUUGUUGGAGAGACAGAGGAGAGUCUUAA